AUGAUCGGAACCGAACGGACGAUUGUGCAAAAAGAGGUACGGUUUCUCGAUAAAUGGAUGUAGAAAUGGACAGAAAAAGUGUAGAUUGUUGACGUGAAAAUGUCGGAAAAUAUGGAUUGUCUCCGCCGGAAUAUUGAACAACUCGACGAUUUUCAGGUAAAAUGUAUUCUUAGUGGCCCGCACUUACCUUCGGGGCUUUUGGAAUGGAGAAUUUCACGGAGAAUCCGAAUCUGCUCUCCACUUUUUUGCUAAAGAGCACUGGCUGGCAAGAAAAUCUGCCUGUUUCUGCCACAUUUUCUAGCAAGCUCAUCUUCGGCGACCUGUAUCUCAAGAACCACGCGUCCGUUUCAAAAGUGGUCAACUAGUAAGUUAACGCAAAUUAUCUCGUAAAUAACUUUGUAGUUGAUUGUCUAUUUAAAAAAAAAUUAGUUUUCGAGUUAUGAACUGUUUUCCUAGAGCGACAAGAAAAAAGUUAGCGCUGGGGUCAGAGCGACGAUAACUCGAAAACUAAUUUUUUUAAAAAUAGACGAUCAACUACAAAAUUAUUCACGAGAUAAUGUGCGUUAACUUACUAGUUGACCACUUUUGAAACGGACGCGUCGUUCUUGAGAUACAGGUCGCCGAAGAUGAACUUGCUAGAAAAUGUGGCCUCGCCAGCCAGUGCUCUUUAGCAAAAAAGUGGAGAGCAGAUUCGGAUUCUCUUUCAAAUCAUAUAUAGGUCCCAUUGCAAAGGCCCAAAGAAGUCUGAAAUUUUGUUGCAGAUUUGGAAUCAAAUUGUGCCGAUUGUGAACAAGUGCACUCCACGAAAAUAUCUAUCAAUCAAUCGAUAUCCGAAUGAGGACGAGGCGAAAUAUUUCAGAUCGCCGGUACACAAAACUGGCCUGAACACUCUUUAAAACGUGUUGCAGCGCAAAAACCUCGACUGUACAAUAGUCACACUGGGAAUCGGACGCGACACUCGGGCGGAGCGGAAAAUGAAAAAAUUGCACCCGAAAUGCGCAUUUAUCGGCGCGGAUCCCGUGCAAAACGUGAACAGACUACUGUGGCGAGAGGUACAGUAAUUUAAAUGCAAAAAAAAUAUAAUUUAACUCAAUUCCUUAUCAGUUGGGCGGACAAUAUCACAAAAUCGCGGUGGGAACUCGGAACGGAACGAAUUUAUUCGAAAUUUUGCGCGGUGAUAUUUACGAAAAGGAAGCGGUGCCUUCGGUCGAUUUGCCGUCUUUUCUGAAGAGUACGGUCAAGAGUACGGUAGGCUACCGUACCCGUUCCCAACUACAGUAAUCCGCAGACGAUCGACUUGCUUCUGAUUGACGUGGAAUUCGAAGAAUACGACAUGUUCCCCUACUUUUAUCGCGAUUCGCAAGUGGAAAACGAGGGAAUCACAGUGUGCCAGGUCAGAAUUCCCCCUCGAGCGAUUCUGCACCGUUUCCAAAUUCAGGUGAACAUGGAGGUACAUCCACCGAAGGAGAAGCAUCACAAACCAAAUUUCGCAAAGUUCAUCAGAAGACUGCUCGCCGACGGACAAUUUCAUUUAAUGGAGGCCGACGACUUUCGAAACAACAAGAGAUUGUAUUUUGCGAGAACGGAUCGUUGGGAUUGUUCAUAGAGAGCAUUUCUAUAGAAAAAAAACUAUAAUAAAUAUAAUAAAACACGUCUUUAAUUAUUAGAGUUUGCUUGGCACUGUUCUAGAAUCGUGGUGGACCCAAAAGAAAAAUCGUGGACCCGAAAACAUGUCUUUUUGUUUCCAAAACGAAGACAAGUCAAUUUGCUAUAAAAAUUGUUGACGAUCCCCUGCUUUUAACAUCGCGGAUGACUCAAUCAAGCGGAAAAAAGCAAAAAAUCGCUGGAAAAUCAGCAAGGGAAUUCAUAACGCAAAAAAGCGGGAUGGGAAAGCAGCCGAAGAAUGUGGAUGACAAUAAUGACAAAUUUGUGAUGAGUAAUCGAGCUUUUCAGCGUAUUCUCGACAUUUGAAAGGCGUUCUUUGACGUGCGGUUGGGAGCUAAUUUAGCAGAGAGUCAUUGGAAAUGCGCAAAGACACUGAAAAUACGCCAAGUCACUGAAAUUGCGCCAAGACACAUAAAUUGCGUUAAGACGCUGAAAUUGCGCCAAGUCACUGAAAUUGCGCAAAGACAGCGAAAUUGCGCCAAGACACUGAAAUUUCGCCAUGAGACUGAAAUUACGUCAAGACACUGAAAUUACGUCAAUGCACUGAAAUUACGCCAAGACACUGGAAUUACGCCAAGACACUGAAAUUGCGUCAGCUUCAAGGUCCACACCGAAAGAUGAGUCAGAGCUUAGAGGUAAGUUACAAUUUUAUGAGGAUUUAAGGACAGAAGUUACCGAAUUUGUACGUGAUUGGAAAAUACGUCUCAUAUCAAAGAUCCGACCCGAAACUUUUGAAAGCUACAGUAGUGCAAGGAAGGAUUUCAAAUUGCGACAAUAUCCGAAUCAAAUAAACCUAUAUUGGGUUACUGUACGCGCAAAAGUUUGCAAAUGUCUGUGAGAUCACAUGGUGCAUCGAUGAACCCCCAAUACUUCCGGGUGCCCUUGAUCAGACAAGUCCCACGAGACCAAAAAAAAAUGGUGAAAGUGCACCAGCUCAUUUCCCUUGUCAGUUUGUCAUUGACACAAGUGUCUAACACGAUUACCUCUUCUGACUUUUUCAAUCGGAUGAAUAUUGUAGUCUUCUCCGAUCACGUACCACUAAUCUCCUUCUACUAGUAAACAAUCAAGACGAGGCGGAAGGUGUUGGCGGCUUCUGGAGCGCCAAAAGAUAGAGAAAGAGAGAGAGAGAGGGAGAGCACGAGACUCCUUCAAAUAUUGUAGCGGAUUCGAAUCAAAUUUCAGGUCUUGUGACUUGUUAUAACAUUCUCGAGGAUCCCCGCCCGAGAUUACUGUAGAUGUCUGUGCUGAAUGUCUCUAGUUUCAUCUGGAGUCGAACGAAACCAAUUGUUAUUGGGGUUGACGUGUUUGCGGUGCCUUGGCGCAUUUCUCGGAAUUCAACCUAGAAUGAAAUGUGCCCCGGUGCAUUUCCAGUGUCUUGACGCAAAAGAACUUGAGAAUGGGAGAAUUGUUGAUGGAAUUCAAGUGCGUGCGCCUAUUUCUGUUUUCUCACUUUCUAUUUGACUUGAUAAAGUGCUCACGCAACUCUAGGAUUAGUGCAAUAGCACAUUUUGCGCAGAUUUUGUGCCUUGACGCAUUCUAGGUGCAUUCUGUCUUGGCGCACACUUCUAACAAAGUCGGGUUGGCGCGUUUCAAGUGUCUUGACGCCGUUUUCGUCAUUGACACCUCAACGGUUCCACUCGUUGAGUGAUCAUAGAAAAAAAAAGAAGAAGUGAGAAUGCUCAACAAGUUGGUCCAGUUCCACUCGCUUCUCGACUAAUCCGAUGAUGCGUGUGUGUUCGAGCGAUCACACACCUGUACAUUAUUGUUAAAUGCACCUCAAAAAGAGGCUCAAUGGGCUUCUAAUCACCGCGUCGUCGCUACUUUUUCUCGAAAGUUCAAAAUGCGUGACUUUACGCGCUUCUCCUUUUUUUGCUGGUGCUGCUCGGUGCAAUGAGCCAAAAGACGUGUUCGUUUUCUUCGGCUCUUCUCUUCUCUUCAUCAUCCUCGUCCGAUCAGAAUAACUGCUCAGGCUCCGCCCACUUUUCGGGAUCUCGACCACACCCCCCCAACGGGCUCAUUCGGUCACACUUUCAAUCAAAGUCAUCGCUGUCUGAGCCCCCCGAUAUUAUACAUUCCUCUAUUUUGUGCUCACUCAUUACCCCUCUAUUCUAGCCGCCCCGCCACGUCAUCUUUUUUCGACUACUAAUGAACGUAUUUCAAGUAGGUCACCACAUUCAUUCGUAUAAAAGAGUGGCGCCACGGCUGCUUUUUGCCCGCAAAAAAAAGAAUGGGAAUAAUGUUUCAGAUUAUUUGCGCCAUCGUUUCGAUAUGUCUCAACUUUGUGCUCACCUAUUUGAUUUUGUCGAAAUCGCCGAAAAAGUUGGGCGUUUACAAGUAUUUGAUGUGCUACAUUUCGCUGUUCGAGGCGUUCUACUCGGUUUGGGAUAUGAUGACGGAGCCGGUGAGUUUGGAAUUCUUCUUAAACGACAUGACACUUUGUACUAGUAAUGUGAUCUUUAUCUCACUUUCUCUUUGCAGAUAGUCCACUCGUACAAAGCGGCGUUCGUGGUGCUCCGCGACUUUAACGGCUCCAUCUUCGAUCGUGAAGUCAGUUUCGUGAUGGUUUGCCUCUAUUGCGGACUGUUUGGCUUCUCGAUGGCCGUCUUCGGUGUGCACUUCAUCUAUCGUUACGGAGCAGUCAAUAAGUGAGCGUAGAAACCAGAGUUGAGCGGAAGAACUCAACAGAAGAACUCACGGAAGAAUUUUUAUCUUUUUUAGAAAAUUUUUUCAUGGAAUGUGAUCAAGUGACGAAAUGUAGAGCAAAGUGAAUUCUGUUCAUAGAAAAAUAAUUGUAAAUUUAGCUUUUCAUACAAAAUAGUUAUUCGAGUUGUUCCGUGAAAAAAGGGCAAACGGAAGACGGAAGGACAACAACUCGAAUAACUUUUUUGUAUGAAAAGCUAAAUUUAUAAUUAUUUUUUUAUGAGCAGAGUUCACUUUUCUAUACAUUUCGUCAGUUGAUCACAUUCCAUGAAAAAAUUUUCUAAAAAAGAUAAAAAUUCUUCCGUGUUCUUCCGUUGAGUUCUUCCGCUCAACUCUGGUAGAAACAUCACAGCCCCUCCCCAAAAAAACCGAAUAAUUAUUCAGAAACUUCCACGAGCGCUUCAUGCCGGGCAACGCCGUCUACUUCCUGUUCGCAAUUCCGAUGAUCUACUGCUUCUGGUGGGCCAUCCUCUGCUUCAUUUAUUUUCAUUUCAACGACACGACGGAUGAGUACAUGAAGUGAGGAGCAAUGUUCAUUGUGCAGUCAUAAUCAAAGUCUUUUUUGAUUAUAGUCGACUAGACAGACGUUCUGAAACAUUUGCAUUUGUGAUUGGCCCCUUAGGGGUGUCAUAGAACAUUGAGAAAAGGUUGAAAAGUUGAUUUGAACGAUGAUAUUCAACGGGUUGUAGCUGUGACGGACACUGUUUAGAAAUUGUACCAUAACUCAAGAUUAACGGGUUUUUGGAUAAAAUGAUAAACUGAAAAGUUGUAGAGCUUGAAAUUUGCAACAACUUUUCAGUUGACCACUUUUUGAUACAUGGUCAAACGUUUUGCAGAGAAACAAUAGAAGAGCACUACGGCAUUCCGAUCAAGGACUCCUCCUACAUUUGCGUCUACUUCCAACCGACCGGCGCCGACGGACUUCCCCACCCGGACCCCCGAAUCUUUUUCUCAAUUGGAUGCAUGUGGUACAUGAUUGUAAGUGUCCGCACGGUAUCAAAAAAGCAGUGUCAACUGACAAUUUGUAUAUUGUAGAUCUCCUCCAUGUUCUCAGUCUUCUAUUUUGGCACGCGUUGCUAUUGGGAGAUUCGAAAGACAAUCUCACAAUCGACGACCGUCUCGGUGACCACCAAGAACCUCCAGUCACAGUUGUUCCACGCGCUCGUCGUGCAGACGUUCAUUCCGCUGGUGCUGAUGUACAUCCCGAUCGGAAUCCUCUUUUUCUUUCCCAUGGUCAUCUGGGAACUUCCGUUCACCACCGAGUUCGUCGGCUACACAAUCGCACUUUAUCCGGCCAUCGAUCCGCUUCCAAAUAUGAUUAUUAUCAAGUGCUAUCGUGAGGCGAUCAUCUGUAGGCUCUCAAUUUUCCGUUCCCCAACACUUUUUUUUGUUUCCAGGCUUCUUUCUUCGUCUCGUCGGCGUCAAAAAGGCGGGAGAGCGUCAAACUUCAGUGAACACUGUCGAUGCGGCGUCUGGAAGUCAAGGACACACCCGAAUGGUCUAA